AAUAAAAGCGCAGAAUUUGUUAUUUUAUAGUACUUUCUGGGGAGAUUAUUUUUUAAAAAAAUAGAUAUAUUCUAUUUUUUAUAUAUUUCUUUUUUUCAUUUUCAUUUUAUUUAUUUUUUUCUUUCGAGAGUAGAGACUUGCCCCUAAUGACCAGUCGCCACUGGUCAUUCUGACCUGGGACAUUUAGAAUUGUCGGUCCUCCUCAUUUUUUUCCGGUCAUUGACCUGUAAUAACCGACAACGGAAACUCUGCUAUCAACCGGCCUAACUUUCACCGUCAACACCGAACCCCUUCUUCUUCGCACGGCUGUCAACAUCCGAAACAUACGCUAGUUAGAUUUUCUCAAACAGCAGUUUCAAGUACGGGUAGCAUAGAACUAACGUUAGCCAAGUGGGGGCUCCAUGAUUGCUAAAUGAGAGAGGUAAAAUUGACAUUAAGGAAGGAAAGCCUUGCGACUGUGCUUCGCAGUAUGCCUUGCGAAACCCAGUAUGCCUUUCGAAACACCUCGUGAUGGGUCGAUGAAACGCUACCAGGAGCAGCUGGACCCUUCUCAUUGAAGCCGACGUCGCGCGUGGGUUCCCUAUUGUCCGUUGGGCUCGUGAGGAGGCUCGACGAGCCCACAAUCACGUCUACUUCCGCGGUAACUCGUUAACAAUGGACGAAGUCCUGGCCCUUAAAGAGUCCGUCCUCUUCUACCUCGACAGGAGCGGUGGCCUCCAAAAACUGGUCGAGGACUGCGAGCCCUUUAACGGCCCUCAGCAGAGCGAGGCGGUCUACCGGUUCUGCGUGUCUGUGAACCCAUCGGAUGUGAUGGAGCUGGAUCCUCUGCUGGGUGACCGGGUCCUCCACGACCCGCUGACAGCCACAAGCCUGUUCAGAUCCGUUUGCUUCAUUUCAAUAAAAACCCUUUCUCUGAUUGAACAAAUACACACUGAAAACCAGGUGAAUAUUAUUCUGAAACUGACGCAUCUGCCGCCGUUCCCGGAGUACACCCUGGACCUGAGCGCGGCCCCCCGGAGCUACGGCCCCACGCGGCCCUUCGCCAUGGAGGGCCUGGUCAUCGCCAUGACGAGGACCACCCAGUACACGCAGGGGGCCCGCUUCCUCUGCAGCGACGACGACUGCACCUGCUCCACAGGCUACACCCACAUCAGGGUGCACCGGCCCGGGGCCACAGAGGCGGCCACCGUGAGGAGGGACUUCAGCUGCCUGGUCUGUGGGGCCCCCCUGAAGGAGGACCUCAAGUUCAGGGUGUUGGGGGAUAAGCAGCUGGUGGAGUUGAUCCACGUGGGGGUGUUGGACGUCCUCAACGUCCACCCUCAGAGGUCCCUCCGCUACCAGUCCGUCACCCUGUUCCUCAGAGACGAGCUGUGCCACUCCAUGGAGCUGGGCCGGCUCUACCGGGUGCUGGGCAUUCCUGCGCUGGUGCACCAGUGGCCCGGCCUCACCUGGAGCGUGGAGGCCAGCAGUGUGCAGCCCUGCGAGCCCGUCUACCCUCACACGGUGAGCGGUGACCUCCAGGCUCUGCUGAAGGCCACGGCCGGCUCUCCCUGGAGGUUCCCCGGCCUGCUGGCCCACUCCUUCGGCUCGGAGGUGGUUCCCCCAGGCCGGUACGACACCCUGAAGCUGGCCCUGCUCCUCAGCCUGGUCCAGACCACCCCUGAGACGGCCGAGGCCUUCCACAGCCUGGACCUGUUGGCCCUGGCCAGCGACACGCUGAUCAUAGAACGGCUGAUGGCCUACAGCCUGAGCCUGGCUGUCCGGGGGGUCCGGCACCAGGCCCAGGGGGAGAUGUUCGCCUCGCUCUCCAGGGACGAGCACGGCGCCGGCACCGCCAACGUCCAUGCGGGCUCCGCCCUGCUGGCCAGCGGGGGGGUUUGCAUGCUGGGGGACCUGGGGGGCUUCCGCAAGGACAAGCUGGACGCCAUCCAGUCAGAGGAAACUUGGUACUUGCGUAUGAGCCGUAGCGCUACAGAUGCCCCCCCCCCUCUAGUCCUGGAGAGCCGUGCGGUGGCGGUCUUCGUCCCGGGGCGGCGGUACGGCGAGGAGGCCGACCAGCAGCUCUCCUUCCCGGUGCGCUGCAGCUUCUGGGCCCUGGCCGACGCCUCUGAGCUGCUGCUGCGGAGGUCCGGGCCCCGGGGCCACGGCGCGCUGCUGGGGGCCACGGAGAUGGGUCCGAAGCCCAGCCAGCUGGCCGAGUCCUUCGGCCUGGUCCUCCGCUGCCCCGACCCCCUGGGGGGUCCGGGCGUGCUGGCCCAGGCCGCCCACACCCUCAGCCAGGCCCUCCCCCCCGGGGGGGAGCCCCUGUACCCCACCGCCAUCCAGCUCCCCUUCCAGGACUACAAGGAGUUUCUGGCCCACGCCCGGAGUCUGAGAGGGGAGCUGAGCUCCGGAGCAGAGAAGAUGAUCCACGGGUACUACAUGGCCAGCCGCAGGGUCCGCUGCGACCAGAACCACGGCGUCAAGGUGUCCGUGGCCUCCGUCAAACUGAUGAUCACGCUGGCGGAGGCCCACUGUAAGCUGUGUCUGAGGACCACCGUGGAGGAAGAGGACGCCCUCAUCGCGGUCCUCCUGUGUGAGAACUCCAUCACCCUACAGCACGGGGCCUCGGUACUCGUUAUCCCGCCCGACCCUGCGUUCCCCUGUGACCUGGGCGGGGGGGUGGGGGCCCUGCUCCAACGAGACCUGCUGCUGGAGGACCUCCGUCAGGCCGUGCUGCGCUUCAUCUACGCCUACGCCCCGGGGGCGGCCGCCUACAUCGCCGAGGAGUGACCUCCGACCCCCGGGCAGCGGCGGGACGGAAAAAUGUCUUUCAACAUAGACUUGGAUCACUCAACCAGAAGAAACUAUACGGCCUCAGGUUGCAGAAUGAUCUAAAAGCUUAUGAAUCCAUUUGUCACCAUGUAGUUCUCAGGGCUCACCUGUAGCUCUGCAUUGGGUUCCUCGUCACCACACCCAUCUGGCCUUCACAGGAUCCACUAAAGCAGAAAGGAAUGAAAUGUACAUUUAAAUAAAGAAUUCAU